ACAAACAAAAAGAACCUGCCAUGCAGAAUUUAGUAGCAUUUUACUUUCUCCUUUCUGUCUGCUUUGUAUUUUUUACUUCUUGUCUUGGAGAGGAGAAUGAAGAAACUUACAGAGCCCUACAGCUUGAGGCUCUUAAAGCGAGUAUUUUAGAGUUCCUGGGGCUGGACGCUCCACCUGGAGCUGGUGAAAAAGCUUCUCACCAGGACCUGGUUAGGAUGUUUCAUCAAUACAGGAGAAUAGGACAACUGCUUCGAGGAAACUCCACACAAGAAGAGAAGCUUGAGGGGAGAACAAGAGCUUCCACAGUGCUCUUUCCAACCACAGUUGAGCCUCUUAAUUCUACGGAUUUAAAGCAACAAUGGUUGAGAGUUGCCUUCCAUAAGGACUCUCGCAUCAACAAUGGACUAGCUCUUAAACAAGCAAGGCUGCGCAUUCACAGACCACACAGGCAUAAAACUUCAAACAGACCAUGGCUUACAAAGGACAUUCUGGUUAGAUUGCACAAACCUUCUGGUUUUCAGACAGAGGCUGUGUUUCGCACAAAAGGCCUGACUACACGGGACGUUAUGUUGGAUUUAACAGGUGUGGUUGAGAAGUGGCUCAAAGACAGCAGUGCUGAGCUUUUAGUGGUUGAAAUUUGCCUCAAAAAACUACCACUGCAUGCAAAAUCCACACCACGCCUUAGUUUAAAACUUAACCAAGCAGCGAAGAGGGUCAGGAGAGCUCUGACUGCUGAGGAAGAUGAAGAUCAUUGCAGGAGGAGGUCCCUAAACAUUUCUUUUAAAGACAUUGGCUGGUCAGACUGGAUCAUCGCUCCUUCGGGCUACACGAUGCACUACUGUGAUGGUUCGUGCCCACAUAAUUACAAACCCGCCAGUAUGCACACUCAGGUAAAGUCUCGUCUAUAUCUCAUGUCUAAGGGGACGGCGCCUCGGCCCUGCUGCGUACCAGCCAGCUAUGAACCAAUGGUUCUGAUGCAUUAUGACAGUCGGGGAAAGUUAAAGCUCACACCCUUCAAUGAUUUGAUAGUCAGCGAAUGCCACUGUGCAUGAACUGGAUUGGAACAUGCUUUUUAAAAGAAUGUGACGUGAUAGCAUAAUAAACUGUAGAGUUCUCACGCACAUUUAAUAACAUUCUUUAAAUUCAUGAAAUGCAUUUGGUAUAUUCGUAAGCCUAAUGCCAAGGGCCAAAUGCCAAAUGUCAAUGUACGUUUUAAAUAUUUUGCCUUCUGGAGAUAUUUAUUGUAAUUUAUUUGGAAAGUUGUCAAACAUGUUGCGAGUUUGAAUCAUGAAACCUUCUGUAUUUUUCAAAGAAAAAUAUUUUUCUUGAGGGUAAUAGUGAAUGAAAUAACAAUUGCUGUUCUGUUAAA